CAACAGCAACAACAACAACACAAGCAAGUGCGCUGCAGAAAUCUACGAAGAAACGUAGAAAUCGGUGCUAAGAAGAUUUGGCUGCCGCUUAUCAUUUUCCUUUCACUGCAGGUCGCACUCGUCUGCGCGGACGAUGUGGAGGUGGUGAAGGCGAUUGCCGGUGGACCCGACGACGAUCUGACCAUCGCUCUUGGGGAUCACGAGAACGAGCUGGACCAGAUGGCCCAGGAAUCGGAGCAGGAGCAGCAGGCCCAGGCGCAGCAGCAGCAGCAGCAGCAGCAACAGCAGCAGCAGCAGCAGCAACAGCAGCAGCAGCAUCAGCAGUUGCCGCAGAUCCAGAUGCAGCUGCCCCAAUCGGUGCCCAAGGUGCAGGUGCACUACCAGCACAACAUGCCACAGCCGCCACCAAAUGUGGCACUCACCAUGCGCAACAAUCACCAGAACAUUCCGCUGAGCUUUGGGCAGCCAUUUGGACCUCCGCCGCCGCCGGGUGCCCAGUUCUACAAGGGACCACCACCGCCGCAGCUGCAGCAGCGACCGCAGCCACCGCCCCAGUUGCAGCUGCAGGUGCAGCCGCAGCAGCAGCAGCAGCAUACGCAGCAGCAGCAGGGGCAGGGGCAGCAGCAGCAAGUGCAGGUGCCCGACUUGAGUGUGGGCGGAUCGAGCAACAAUGAGAUCUGGGCGGCACCGGUGCAGGAUAUGCCCAAGAUUGUGUCCCUGGACGUGAAGUGCGAGAAGAACGGGAUGAAGGUGUUCGUGCAGUUCGACAAGCCCUUCAAUGGCAUUGUGUUCUCCAAGGGUCACUACAGCAACAUGAACUGCGUGCACCUGCCGUCGGGAUUGGGACGCAGCUCGGCGAGCUUCGACAUUGGACUGCAUGAGUGCGGCACCGCCGGCAAUACGGACAACUAUGGCCAGGGGUAUGGCCAUGAGGCGGGCAGCACGGGAGCGGGCACCUACUUCGAGAACAUCAUCGUCAUCCAGUACGAUCCGCAGGUGCAGGAGGUGUGGGAUCAGGCCAGGAAACUUCGUUGCACGUGGCAUGAUCAGUACGAGAAGAGCGUGACCUUCCGUCCAUUCCCGGUGGACAUGUUGGAUGUGGUGAGGGCCGAUUUUGCUGGCGAUAACGUUGGCUGCUGGAUGCAGAUCCAGGUGGGUAAGGGUCCGUGGGCAUCGGAGGUCUCUGGACUGGUUAAGAUCGGCCAGACGAUGACCAUGGUGCUGGCCAUCAAGGAUGACGACUCCAAGUUCGAUAUGCUGGUGAGGAAUUGUGUGGCGCAUGACGGCAAGAGGGCGCCCAUCCAAUUGGUUGACCAGCGGGGCUGUGUCACCCGACCCAAGCUCAUGUCGCGGUUCACCAAGAUCAAGAACUUUGGAGCCUCUGCGUCCGUGCUGUCCUAUGCCCACUUCCAGGCCUUCAAGUUCCCCGACUCGAUGGAGGUGCAUUUCCAGUGCACCAUCCAGAUCUGCCGCUACCACUGUCCUGAGCAAUGUUCGGCGGAAACGAAUCUGCAGGAUGUCCACCACUUGCAGGUGGGUCCUGAAUCGCAGUACGGUCCACCGCCGCAACUUCAUGUGGAUGCCUACCACGUGGCCAGCGCGAUCGGCAAGCGGCGGGACGAGCGAAGGGUGCAGCGACGUGCCCGUGCGGUGGCCGAACCGCAGGUGGGUCUGAACAGGAUCAUCAAGGUGGUCUCCUCCGGCGAUCUGACCUUCGCCAUCGAUGAGCAGGCCGGCGGUAAUGGAAGCACACCGAAUGGCGCCAACUCCGGCGUGGAUCGCAGUCCACAGACCAUGGUAUUUCCACUGCGCGAGGAGGGCCUGAUCUGCAUGACCACGCCGGGCUUUGCCAUCACGCUCAUCGUGCUGUUGGGCAUCCUGGUCACGUCCUGCCUCACCUCCGCCGUGCUCUACGUCCGACUGCGUCCGUUCUCCUCGUUCGCCGGCAGCACCAAGGAGCGCGCCGUGGCCUUCACGAAUCCCCAGCUGGCACCGCUGCCCGUCAUCCAGCUUCCCUCGCCGGCGGAUCUGCAGGGAACGCUCUCCAAGAAGCGGGCGAUGUCGUGAGCACGCCACCGACUGUGCGACUGAAACUAGUUCCGCGUGCGGAUUACCGAUUUCCGGCGGCUGGGCAAUGGCACUACUGAUAGCUUCUAUGGGAUCAAGUCUUUUUGUUUGGAUACAGGGCCAAUUUGUUUUUAAAUCCGUUCUUAAAUCAAAUGUUCAAAUGCUAGAAUUGAAACGAAAAUAUUUGCAAUAAUUGUAUUCUAUUUACAACAAAUGAAUUAUACUUUUGUGUUAGUAAGAAGGUCCGAGUCCAAAGACUGCCAUUAGUGCCAUCACUAGCUACUGCGUUUGGUCGGCGCUUCCGUUUCCGGUUCUAGGUACAGUUGUGUCUGCGUCUGCGGCUCUUAAAUUUGUAGCGUACACUUCGUUAGUAUAAUUUUUGAUACAAAUCAUUUAACAUUAACUCAAGCCGUUUACUGGGUUCUCCUCUUCCUCUUCCUUUUCCACUUCCACUUCCCUUUCCAUCUCCUUUUCCAUUUCCAUUUCCGUUUCCUGAAAACUGUAGCUGUAAACCCCCUUCAGCCAGCACUUCCUGUCUGUUUCUAUCACAUUCACAUUCCCUUCUUGGUGGCAGUCCGAUAAUCGAUUAUUUUUGUUUUAGUUUAAGCCUAGGUUCUAUUUCAUGUAAAACGGUGCUAAGCCAUGACCAGUCCACAUCAUAUAUCCAUCCGACAAUCACUUGUAGCUUUCUUCAGCAGUUGAGCCGAUACAAUCCAUUACUUAGAGUAUUUCUCGUAAGACUCUCUUAAGACUUUGUAGACACGCAUACACGCGCAUUUUGCACACAAACACAUGCAUAACAAAUAUACACUUGAAUUAGUCACUAAAUAUUUUAAGCGCUUUAAGCCGUAGACUAAGCCGAAUACUUCUGCGUCCCACUGUCAGAGAUUUUCCCACGCCCCCGGAAUCUACUUGUAUCAGUUAGUACGCCCUGUAGUCCACUUAUUUAUUUGCAUAAUGAUUUAUACAUAUCGCAUACAUACCCACAUAUAUACCGCCUUAUAUAUAUCUUCGAUUUUUUUUGUCUACUUUUGUAAGCCGAGCAAAGCGAGUGAGAAGAUAAAAGUGUUCAAUAAAUUGUUUAGAAUCCCUAAAA